AUGGAUCCAGAAAAGGUUUCCGAGACCCUAGUCGAUGGGACUGUCGACAUGAUCGAGACCAAGGAGGCUCAUGGCCAAAAUCGCCUGGCUCCUGCACAACUCAUGUCCAAGUUGCUUGCAUGUGUGUGGUUGAUCUUCGUCCUUAACUACCUGGACCGUAACAACAUCGCCGCCGCCAAAGUCGCCGACAUGGCCGAAACCCUUCACCUCUCAGCUAACCAAUACGCAACUGCCGUUGCCAUCCUCUUCGUCGGCUACGUCCUCAUGCAAAUCCCAUCGAACGUAUUCUUGGCCAAUCUUCGACCCUCAAUCUACCUGCCGGCAUGCAUGGCGAUGUGGGGUCUCUUGUCGACAUUGACUGGAAUUGCACAUAACGCGGCCGGUCUCUAUGCGCUGCGAUUCUUCCUCGGAUUCGUCGAGACUGCGUUCUACCCCGGCGCCCUCUUCCUUAUCUCCUCCUGGUACCGCCCCUCCGAAAUGGGUCUCCGCAGUGCCAUCCUCUUCUCAGCAACACAACUCGGCAGUGCCUUCAGUGGCCUCAUUGGAGCAGGUAUCAAAGACGGUCUUGAGGGUGCUCGUGGGCUCGAGUCAUGGCGUUGGCUCUUCCUCAUCGAGGGCUCUAUCACCAUUUUCGUGGCCCUCUGCUCCAUCUUCAUACUCCCGGACUGGCCCUCUACGACCCGAUGGCUCAGCCCCACUGAGCGCGCCGUUGCCGAGUGGCGCUUGAUCAAGGACGCAGGCCAAGUCGACGAGGACGAGGAGGCGUGGAGUCACGGUUUCAAGCUCGCCUUCAAGGACUGGAGAGUGUACAUCUUUGCGGCCAUGUUCUUCUGCCUGCAAGUUGCUGCUGCCACGUCCAACUUCUUCCCGUCUGUGGUGCAGACAUUGGGGUACAAUCGCGUUGUCACCUUAUUGCUGACCGCGCCGCCAUACAUCCUUGGGCUGAUCAUCUCUGUCGUGAACAACUGGUCUGCCGACCGGUUUAACAACUCGUCGUUUCACGUCAUGUGGCCGCUUACUCUGGCAAUCAUAGGUUUCGUUGUUGCUGCAUCGACACUCCAGGCCGGGCCGCGGUACUUCGCCAUAAUGCUCGUGGUAGGAGGCGGCCAUGGAGCGAAUGCUGUUGUGCUUGCUUGGGCGCAGAAGACAAUGCUGAGACCUAGGAUCAAACGUGCGGCAGCUGUGGCUUUUGUGAAUCCCUUUGGAAACAUUUCGCAGGUCUGGACGUCAUAUUUGUACCCAGAUACGGACAAGCCACGCUACGUGUUGGCCAUGUCGGUCAAUUCUGCAUUUGCUCUCGGCACAAUCAUCUUGGCUCUCGCAAUGCGCAUCAUUCUUCAGCGAGCCAACAAGAAGCUUGACUCGGGUGCCGAUGUUGCUGAGGUUAUGAAGGGAGAGUCGCAGGCCCAGGUGAUUGGGAUUUCCGAGGAAGAUCGUGAGGCGAACAGGGCGCGCUUCCGAUACGUCACAUAA